AUGUCAGAAAAAUAUGAUAUAAUUAUAGAAGAAAUAAAAGCACUAAGGGAGGAAAAUAGGGUCACCAAGAGAGAACUCAGUGAGGUUAAGAAGAGGUUAGUGAGGAGUGAAGAUGAUGUGAAAUCCCUUACUGAGCGCCUAAAUGACCUGGACCAGUAUGGGAGAAGAGUUAACCUUGAGAUACAGGGUGUUCCGGUCCGUGGAGAAAAGUUGGAAGAUGAGAAGACCGAAGAUGUUGUUAGAGACCUGGCAGGUGAAAUAAAUGUUCCCUAUGUUCCCGAGCAAAUCCAUAAACUGCACCGACUACAAAGAAGGAAUGAUGACAGGCCACCCGCUAUAAUGAUCCAGUUUAUGACCAGUACUGCUAGGGACACAUGGUUACUAGCUGGCAAGAAGGCACGGUUGUCCGAUAAAUCGUCAGGUCAGAAGAUUUAUUUCAAUGAAAACCUGACCUACUUUUUCAAGGGACUUCUGAAGGAGGCUAAAUCCAGAGCAAGGAUCCACAACCACAGGUUUGUUUGGUUCAAAAAUGGAAAAAUCAUGGUUAAGAAAAAUGAGGAAGAUAGAAACAUUAUUGUUAUAAAAACAUUAGAUGACAUUAACAAAAUUGGUUAG